GUGGUUUUGGGACGCAGGAAAGUGUUUGCCGGGUUACCAUAGAGUCCGCCGCUUCCGGUGUAUACAGCGGUGUCCGUUGGUUCCUCAGGUGUGGAACUGUACUGUAAGGUUCAGCGUGAGGAGAAUGGGGCUGUUUGACCGGCUGGCAGGCUGGCUGGGCCUGAAGAAGAAGGAAGUGCACGUCUUGUGUCUGGGAUUGGACAACAGUGGGAAGACCACCAUCAUCAAUAAGCUGAAACCCGCCAAUGCUCAGACACAGGAUAUUGUCCCAACUAUUGGAUUCAGCAUUGAAAAGUUCAAGACCUCCAGCUUGUCAUUCACAGUUUUCGACAUGUCUGGACAAGGGAGGUACAGGAAUCUCUGGGAACACUAUUACAAAGAAGGCCAGGCUAUUAUUUUUGUCAUUGACAGCAGUGACAAGCUCCGAAUGGUUGUGGCUAAAGAAGAGCUGGAGACCCUUUUAAAUCACGCAGACAUUAAACACAGACGGAUACCAAUUUUGUUUUUCGCUAACAAAAUGGACCUCAGAGACUCCCUGUCAUCGGUGAAGGUCUCUCAGCUGCUGUGUUUAGAGAACAUCAAGGACAAGCCGUGGCAUAUUUGUGCGAGUGAUGGACUGAAGGGCGAGGGUCUCCAGGAGGGGGUGGACUGGCUGCAGGAUCAGAUCCAAGCAAUGAAAGCAUAAGAAGAUGAGAGAAUCUGGCAUCCCUCCACCUCCUGCACACCUGGACCCCAGAAAGUGCUAUCGUCCGUAUAGUUUACCAGACUGAGACUCCUAUAUCUACCAUUAUCUAGCACCUCGGGUUUUGUAAAGCGUGAAUAGUGCAAUGUUACAAUGGGAAAUACUCAAUAGUAUGAAUUAAUGAAUCAUUUCUUCAACUUUUAAUGUAUUUUGUUAAAAUCGUGAAAUUCCACUUGUCCAACUUGUAAAUACUACAAUGUUUGUGGGUUACGUUUUAACUUAUUAAUUUAUUCACCUCUGUAUUAUGGCAAUUGUACUGUAAUAUAUCAUAAAAGUAGAUUUUGUAUUUUAGUAUUGAAAAUACAUCAGCAAACCUGAGCAAUAUUAC